AUGGAAACUCAUAUGGACUCUAGUAAGUUGUUUUAUGUGUGUAAGAAGAUUUGUAGAUCUUGGAAUUGGACAUCGAAUGGAGGAUUAUGUACAAAGGGUACAAGAAUAAUCGUGGGCUGGGAUACGGACCUUGUUGACCUUAUGGUCCUAUCACAAACUGAUCAAGUUAUGCACACCCAAGUUACAUUUAAGGUAGAUCAAAAAUCUCUUUUCUGCUCCUUUAUUUAUGUUGAUAAUUACUAUAAGCGUCGGAGAGAGCUUUGGCAUGAUCUUUGCAUCCACAAAGUGUUUGUUCAUGAUCGACCUUGGGUUAUUUUAGGUGACUUCAAUUCUUCGUUAAACCUUGAUGACAAUCUUCUAGGCUCUUCUACGAUUAAUAUAGGCAUGAGAGACUUCAGAGAACAUGUAAAAGAAAUUGAGGUUUUGGAUAUUAAUAGUUCCGGAUUACACUUCACAUGGAAUCAAAAACCAAAGAAGGGUAUUGGAAUUUUUAAAAAGGUAGAUCGUGUUAUGGGAAAUCUGAGGUUUAUAGAUGAAUUUCCAUCAGCUACGGCUUUGUUCCAACCAUACAGAAUUUCGGAUCACUCUCCAUGUGUCGUGAAGCUCCCAUCGGUUACAAGAACUAGACCUAAACCGUUUAAAUUUAAUAAUAUUCUUGUCCAUAAACAGGGAUAUAUUGAGGCUGUUGAACGUGAAUGGACAGAGGAGGUUUCGGGGCACUAUAUGUUUCGAGUCGUCAAAAAGCUGAAAUCUCUAAAAACCCUUCUACGGAAACUUCUCUUGAAGCAAGGAAAUCUGCACACCCGGGUAGAUAAUCUAAGGAGGGAACUGGAUAUGGUUCAGUCAGCUAUAGAAAAAGACGCUAUGGACCAGCUACUUCGUGACAAGGAAGCUACUUUACUCAAUGAAUUUAAAGAACCACAACUUGAUGAAAAGAACUUCCUAAAGCAGAAAGCAAAAAUGGAAUGGCUUGAGGUAGGUGAUGCAAACUCAGCUUUUUUUCACAAGAAUCUGAAAUGCAAAAACCAUAGAUCCAAAAUUGAAGUCAUUAAAGACAUGAAUGGUGUUACACAUGAGGGUGGAGAUGUGCAGGAAGCACUAGUCGAUCAUUAUAUUCACUUCCUCGGCAUGGAGCAUACUACUACACUUAAUCCAUCACCGGAACUGGUUGCCAAAAGAUUGGAUCAAGGGAAGGCUUCAAAUAUGAUAAAACGCAUCACUGAUGAAGAGAUAAAACAGGCUAUGUUCUCUAUUGGGGAGAAUAAAGUACCUGGUCCAGAUGGUUACAUUUCAGCCUUUUUUAAGAGUGCACGGGAUGUGGUUGGUCGUGAGGUUUGCUUAGCUGUUCAUGAGUUCUUUCGCAAUGGGAAGAUCCUCUAA